AUGUCGGACCCUCAGGAGAACCAGUUCAGGACCAUUGAAGAGUGGAAGAGCACGUGGGAGCAAGGAAUAACAAGAUUCCACCAGCCCACAGUCAACAGGCUGCUUCAGAUCAACAUUGACAAAGUGUUAGCAGGACGGACUGGAGUAAAGUUCUUUUUCCCUCUCUGUGGAAAAGCUGUAGAUAUGAAAUGGCUUGCAGACAUGGGUCACACUGUAGUUGGAGUGGAGAUAUCCGAAAAAGCCAUUUGUGAGUUUUUUGAAGAAAGUAAAAUGAGCUACAGUGAGGAGCCUGUUCCAACCAUCCCUGGAGCAAAGGUUUUCAGGAACACUGAGAAGACGGUUUCCCUCUAUCAAUGUGAUAUCUACUGCUUCUCCAGUUCCCUUGAGGGUCAGUUUGGAGCCAUUUGGGACAGAGGAGCUUUUGUCGCCAUCAACCCAAACGACAGAGCCAAAUAUGCUGCUCUGAUGGUUUCACUCAUGGCUCCUGACUGCAGAUUCCUUUUGGACAUUCUGCUCUAUAAUCCUGAAAGAUAUUCUGGUCCUCCAUUCUGUGUACGCGAUGAACAAGUCCAUAGCCUGUUUGAGUCCUAUUGUGAUAUAGAGCCAUUGCAAGAAGAGGAUGCUUUAACUGAAGAUUUUAAAAACUGGGGCAUGGACUACCUCAUUGAGAAAAUACAUCUCUUAGUUCGGAAAAGUUAA